UGACAGAAAGGACACAGAGCCGUGGGUACAUCACGUGUGGGAUGGGCAGACUUGGGCUGGCACUACUUGAAGCAGCUGUGGGAGGGGCUUGGGGAGGAGACCAUGAGAUCCGGGUGCGAGAGGCAGGAGUUGAGUGCGCAAGGUUCAUAGAGACAUAGGAUGCUCCCGGCUCCGUCAUGUUGAGUCAGUGCCAGGUUGGAGGCGAGAGCUGCUGGGCAGUAGUACACGGAGUUGGGCCUGGCACUGGGAUACGUGUCCCCUGGAGACCAGUGACAUUGGCACAGUCCUGAGAGACUGAGAGUGGCAGCGGAAUGGAUGUGAUGGAGGUGCUGGAGGAAGAUCUAACAUGCCCAAUCUGCUGUAGCCUUUUUGAUGAUCCCAGAGUCUUGCCUUGCUCACACAACUUCUGCAAGAAAUGUUUGGAUGGUGUCCUGGAAGAGAACUCUCGGACUAUGCAGUGGAGACCUUCCUCUUUCAAAUGCCCCACGUGCCGUAAAGAAACCCCGACGAUGGGCGUAAAUGGCCUUCAGGUUAACUAUUUGCUCAAAGGAAUUGUCGAAAAAUAUAACAAAAUUAAGGUUUCGCCAAAGAUGCCUGUCUGUAAGGUGCACAGUGAUCAGCCUCUUAAUAUUUUUUGCUCCACCGACUUAAAGCUGAUUUGUGGGACCUGUGCCACCAAUGGAGAACACAAGAAGCAUUUAUUUUCCUCUGUUGGUGAUGCUUACAUUCAAGAGAAGAGCUCUUUGGAGACCUUAUUUCAGGGUGUUGAAGAGUGGAAUAGUAAAGAGGUUCACUCCCAACUGGACGCCUUAGAGUCUAACAAAAGAAAGGCUCUUCAUUCACUUGCCAAGGAGUCAGACAAAGUCAAGGCCUACUUUGAAAAGCUGCAGCAUCUGCUGGAACAGAAGAAAAAUGAAAUCCUCUCUGAUUUUGAGACCAUGAAGCUUGGUGUGAUGCAGGCCUACGACAUGGAGAUAAACAAGCUCCAUACAGUUCUCAGCGAGCAGCGAAAGGCUUGUAGUAUUGUUGAAAACCUUAAGGAUAUAUCAGAUCCCUGUAUGUUCCUACAGCAGAUGCAGGAAUUUAGGGAUAAGAUGACGUUUAUCAAGGAAGCCCCUCUGACGACUUGGCAAGAUGUCAAUGUCAAUCCAGCCAUGAAGGAGUUUGACACAAGCAUGUGGGACAGCAUUAAACUGUGGGAAUUGGAUAAACUAUCCCUACCUCAAGACAUAAUGAGCAAAAAAGAGACAACAAAUGCCAAAACCGCGGGUAGUUUUAAGCCAAUUCCCAUAGUUGUCUGUCUUAUUCUUGUGCUAAUCACCGUCCUCUGGGCAUAUAAUAUUAUUGACAGCCUUCCAGCCUUCAGUAUAGACCUGGAGGUGAUAACUUCAUACGUUUCAGCCAUGACAGCAAAAGCAGCCAACCUGGCCGCCCCAUUCUGGGAGCAGCUUACUGAAGAAUCAUUAUUUGUAAAACAAAGGUGCCAGAAAUAUGUCUCCGUGUUUCUGGAGAAUGUGGCAGAAUUUGUGUGUAAAUAUAAAUUAUAAAUUUAUGGAUCAUUUUGUCAGUGCAGCCGAUGCACCUGUUUAAUGUGCUAAAAAAUUUAAUAUGUGGGAACAUGUUUUUUCAUGCACUGGAACAGUAAAACAUGUAUCCAUGGAUGGUGUCCUGGAAUGGUGACUCCUGUAUGCUUCCAAACACUAGCUGAUACACGGAUGCUUCGAGUUAGAGAUGCACCAAAUUCAGUUUUUUAGAUUGACCAAAUACCAGAUCUUUCACAAGGGAUUUGACUGAAUGAAAACUAAAUUGCAGGACUCACUUUUGCAUAUGUAAAUUAUCAAAAUUGGAAGGGGCGGCAGAGCACAUGAAAAUAAUGGCGGCGCACAUGAAUUAUCAUGCGGUCGAAAGUUGCAUGAUUUUAAGGGUUUGGAUUGAGUUUGAACAGGAGGUCAGAUACAGCCUUGAAUUCAGAUUUUAAUCCUAACGAAAAAGUAUGGAAUUGAGCCAAAACCAAUCCAUGAUUUGGUGCAUCCCUAACUGCUGGAGCAGUAGAACAUAUUUCCUUCUAUGCACUUGGAUAUUACUUGGAGACUAUGCAUAAAAUAGUGUAGUCGUGAAACAUGGCACAAUCGAUAUGAUUUUUAUGUACCGUCCGAUUCCGCACAAGUUUGUACCUUUCUAAAAUAUUCAUUAGGCAAGUGUUGUACAACAUCUAAGUGAAAAUGCAGUUGUUUUGUCAGUUACUGGGGGAUGUCUACCUAAAAAGUAAAUGGUGAAAGGAGAAAUUAUAUGUGUAUUGGAUUUGUUCCUAAAUCUGGAUUCGUUCUUUUGGAUUCAGUCCUAAAGUCGUCUUGUUUUUCACCAAAUGAGGCCACCGUCACUGUUUGUGGGGCUUCUUGGCUAGUGAUUCUGAGUUGCUUUGGCCGAAACUCUUGGCAGCGGAUGAGCCGCAUUUGCACAUGAGGGAGGUGCGCUGUGCCAAAGGAACACGAGUAGCUGCACUCACAGUAUGAUGUUAAUCUCCAUUGAUUUGUUCCCUUGUCCAGGCAAUUCCAAACUUCAUUCAGAGGAAUCAGGUCAUUUGCUAACUGGUCGAUUUGUCACCACGCUUACUCCCUUCUAAUGUCAAAAGAGGUUUGCGAUACUGGGUCUAUGAGAUCUAACCAUAAAAUAAAGAGUAGAAAAAUACAGUUUAUUUAAAAUCAAGGUUGUGAUUGAAGAACAAAACAUUUGUAUCUUUUUUUCCUAAACUGUAACACAUGGGCAUUUGUUCCUGGGUCCCCCAGUGGUUAAUCUCUCGUGUUUUCCACCGACUAACCACAGGGGAACGCAGGAAGAAAUGCCAAUGUAUAAAAGCCCUAAAAGGAGCUAUACUUCCACAUAUACAAUCACUACAACCCUCUAAAAGUAACACAGGGCCUUGUUUACUAAUGAAGGACAAAGUGCAAUAAAUGUGCAAAGCUCCAUAUAGUUUUGCCUUUUUGUGUAUAAAAGUGUGUGAUUUUGCACUCCUUAGCAUUUCAGCUUUCUAGUCUAAGGCCCAAGAUCGGAAGAGCCCGAUAUCACCCACCUCAAUGUGGGCAUAUCAGGAAGAGAUCAGCUGGCAUAUCGGGCUUAUUGUUUGGCGAAAUUGCUAAUGGAGUGGAUCUCUACAUGAAUGGCCACCUUACGAGAGCUCAAACAAUUCACACUGCUACACCAGCCUUUAGAUGACAUAUUCAUUAGAAAACUAAAAUGGAAUUUCUGUAUCACUCUCCAUAGAACACAUUGUGGAAAAAAUAGGACUCAAAAUUGGGCAAGUCACAGGUUUUUGUAGCAAUGCCAAUAUGCCCAUGCUGAUGAAUUACACAUGAGCAUACAUUGAUACUAGGGAUGCACUGAAUCGAGGAUUUGGUUCGGGAUUCGGACUUUUUGUGCAGGAUUCAAAUUCGGUCUAAUCCUUCGGGCCAGCCGAACUGAAUGCAAAUCCUAAUUUGCAUAUGCAAAUUAGGGGUGGGGAGGGGAAUCACGUGACAUUUUGUCACAAAUCAAGGAAGUAAAAAAUGUUUUCCCCUUCCCACCCUUAAUUUGCAUAUGCAAAUUAGGAUUCAGUUCAGUAUUCGGCUGAAUUUUUUUAAAAGGAUUCUGCCGAAUCCAAAAUAGUGGAUUCGGUGCAUCCCUAAUUGAUACAGGUGAACCUUGGAAUUAGCCCCAGCCUGGAGGUAGCAGAGAUAUAGUAGAGAACAGUGCCAGAACUAGGGGUAGGUAGAAGAGACAAGUGCCCAAGACACAGUGCAUAUAUUUCUUCUGUCUGACUACCCCAAGUCCAGAUCCCUCAUCCAACCACCACCACGUGUGCUCUGUCUCGUUUGCACAGGGGAGGGACAAGAUGGCCAGAGGGUUGACUAGUGAGCCUGGCUGGCUUGACCCAACUCUGGCACAGAGAACCAAUGGAUUAUUAUCUGCUAUCUAGCACAGUGCAGUUUAAUCCUAUUUUUCAGUUGCAGCAGCCAUUUCAUGCAUUAAGCAUAGGCGCCUACUAUGAUCCAGCCUGAUAUGAGCAGCAGAAGGUGGGCUUCCCGCUGACGGGGUCAUUUCCUUAUGUUGCCACUUGCUGCGGGGGGGCGAGGGUUGUUUGAUAAAAGCCAGCAAUGUGCAAAUGGUUGCCGUUCUCUUGAGUGAUAUUCUGUGUUCCUUCUAGUGUGUAUUUCUAUGUACUGAUAACUUGGUGCCAAUAAAUAAAGUACUGUGACCCCUC